AUGGAAGGUGAACCAGAACUACAAACUAUAACAGUGCGUAAACGUAGAAAUUUAUCAAAAAAUAGAGGACAGGCAACAAGACAAAGAGAAAAAACUCCAGAGCCAGGUAGAGUGCCUUACGAAGAUACUACUUCUGAUGAUGAAGAAAUGCAUCCGAAUCGUACUUCAAGAGAAAUUGAAGCUGAUAAUACUUACGAAGAAAUGAAACGAUUAGUCCAACAACAGGCUAACGCUAAGGAUCCAGUAUAUGACAUAGAUACCGAUGAGAUUCUAGAAGCCAGAGCAAUAGCAGCAAAUGAAAGAAGACGAAGAAGUAUUUCACCUUUUGCUUUACCAGAUAAAGAUGAGGGUACCAAAUUAGAAAGAAAAGGAAGUUUCAUUGAUCCUGGUAAUAGGUUGCUGAGUACAAAUUUUACUUUGAGUUCUAAAGAAGAAAAUUCAAAUCGUCGUGGUUCUUUGACUAUUGAUACACCACCUCCUUCAUCACCAAAAGACCAGUCUCAGUUUUUCCCAGCGACACCAAAAAAAUUGGAAGAAAACACAGUUUAUCCCAAUGAAGUAAAGAAAGUAACUGAUAAAAUGGAUAAAAAUAAAAUAAGUCCUAAAAAAGAAGAUCCUACGGAAAAUGAAAAGGAAAAAAGACAAAUCACAAAAAAAUUAGCUCCUGGAGAACUGGUCACUAAAGUAAUACAAGUAGAAAGAUCGCCCAGUAAAAAAUUAACACCAGAUCAAAAACCUGUUGUAGAAAUAAGAGAAAGAGUUGUAAGGACACCAAGUAAAAAGCUAUCUGCUGAAAAUAAGCCAGUCGUAACAAAACAAAUACCUUCUAAGCAGACAAAUGAACCGCAAAAUAAAGUGCCACCUGUCAAGCCAGCAAGAAGCAAAUCUUCGUCUAGAUUAGUGAGUAAAACUAGUGAAAGUGAAAUGAGUGAAGACCAAAUAAGUCAACAAAAUGUUAGACGCAAGGUAGUACCUACACCUCGACGUUUUAUGAAAAACAAAUCCCCCCGAGCUAAUCGCUCACACUCAGUAGCUAGAGUUGAUGGAACAAAAGACUUAGAUAAAACUGGCACGGGAAUGAGUCAGACAAGUAGGGAAAUAAUAGAACUAAUGCAAAAAGCUAGAGCUCGUAGUUUAUCUAUACCAAAAGAAGAUCCUAGGGUUCCAUCAGAAUAUAAACAAUAUAGCAAAGUAUUGCAGACGCCAAAUAAAACUCCUGUAAAUUUAAGACACACAAGAGGUAUAUCUUGUCCAAAAACUAUACAAAUUAUAAGCGAUAGAGAAAUUUUAGCUGGGUUAACCCCGCAGCCAAGAGUAAAGCAGGAAUAUGAAAAACACAGUAGACACAGUUCAGGUUACGUCGACGCUAGCCAGUCAGAAUACACUUCUAGUUGCUAUUCUAGUUCACCAAGUGAAAAUGAAUAUGAAUUUGAUUUGCUUGAAAGGUCAGCUGAAUUGACUCACAAACUCAAUCUUUUGAGCCAAGAAGAAGAAGAUAAAGAGACAAAAAGUAACAUAAGUUUAGCUCAAGAUAACAGUGUCAAACAGGAUGCUCCAAAAUCUGUACUUAGGAAAAGGUCAGUUGCGGAUAAAAAUUUUGCGAUAAAGAUUGGAAAAGAGCAUUUAGAUGAUAAAAAGGAAUCUCCAAAAACUAAAAGAGAUACAAAAAAGAAAUCUGACAAAACUUCAACGCGAUCACGCUGGCAACUUAUAGCAAAUUGGCAACAAUUUAUAAGUGAAAACAGAAACGAUUAUGAUAAAAUUAUGUCGUUAAAGAAUAGGUGUAUUUGUGAUCUGUUAUUGCUUAUUAUAAUGUGUGGUCUAGGAGGGAUGAUGUUUAAAACGUUUGAAGGAUCGUUUGAAAACGCUUAUAAAUGUGGCACUAGGAAUGUUAAAAGAGAUUUUAUUGACAGCUUAUGGCGUGAAAGCUAUCGCUUAAGAGAGGAAGAGUGGAAAUCUUUGGCGAGAAGAAAGCUAUACGAGUUUGAAGAACAACUUCAUACAGCUCAUGAAGCUGGCGUGACGUCCUAUAGCGGACUAAGAUCUUGGAAUUUCAUGAAUUCCUUUGUCUAUUGCUUGACAUUAGUAACAACUAUUGGUUACGGUCACAUUGCUCCCAAAACAACAUACGGUCGAGUGGCUACGAUUGUCUACGCCAUUAUUGGUAUACCAUUGUUCCUGAUUGUUUUGGCCGACUUUGGAAAGCUUUUUACGAGAAUAAUUAAAUUCUUUUGGGCUUUUAUUCGGCGAUUUUACUACACGAGAAGCUGCAGAAGAGUGCGAAGAACAGUACCAGUACAGGAAGUGAUGAAAGGACUUAAUAUAGUAUACGACGUGGUUCGUCGGCCAUCACAAAUAUUUUCUGAAGAAGAUGGAGAUGGAGAAGUUUCUGUUCAUGUUCAACCGCCGCCAGUAGAAAGAAAGUUGAGUGACGUACCACCCCCACUACCCCCAAAACCUGGAACUUUAAGUUUCGAAAACGUUACUGAACCAAACACGCCCGCUCCGUCAGUUUUUGAAAUAGACGAUGAGUUCAAUUUACCUAUAUCCGUAGCCAUAUUCAUUUUAGUUGUAUACAUUAUAAUUGGUGCUGUGGGUUACAAUUUUUGGGAGACAUGGAAUUUCUUUGAAUCUUUCUACUUUGUGUUUAUUUCUAUGUCGACAAUUGGUCUAGGUGAUUUGGUCCCCGACCAUCCUAUGUUCAUGAUGGCAUCUAUUCUAUACUUAGUAUUUGGUCUUGCCUUAACAUCUAUGUGUAUAAACGUAGUUCAAGUAAAAUUAUCUGACACUUUCAAACAAGCUAGUGCUAAGCUUGGAGCGACUAUCGGUCUUAAAGUGGCCGACGAAGAUGGCAGUUUAGUGCCUAUCACACCACCUCCAAUAGAAAUACCUGGUGUCCAUAAACCAAAAUGUAAUCCGGAAGAUAUUAAAAGUAAAGAAAAAAAAGAAAAUGACGCUAAAACUGCA